UAAAAUAAAACAAAAAAAAAAGACAAUGUACAAUGAGUUACAGUGGAAAUAUGCCAGAUUGGCAUCAAUAUAAUCCACCAUCAUCACUCCAGUCAGGACGAGUUGGUGGACCAACUGUAUCAUCAUCAUCACAAAAUGUCAAUUCAAGUCAUCAUCAACAACAUCACCACCAUCAUCAUCACUUACUGUCAAGUAGUAUAAGUCCACCAACUGGAACAUUGCUUGAUCGUAAUACUUUGACAAAACAUCCAAAAAAUAAUGAUGUACAUUAUUCAACAAGAAAUUAUCCUGGACAAUCUGGAUUGCCUUUAUCAUUGACAUCAUUGUCAACAGCAACAAGUACUUUAAAUACAAAUAUUACAACAACUUGUUCUCAACCUUUAUCAAAUUGUAUGAGUCAUCAUUAUGGUGGUACAUCAUCAUCAACAUCAUCAUCAUCAUCAUCGACAAUUGAUCCACGUUUAAUAUCUGUUGGUCUUAAUGAUAAUAACAAUAAUGAUUUACCAGGACAAUUAUCAUUACCACCACCACCGCCCCUACCACCAUUACCACCACCACCAACAAAUAAAAAUAAUCAACCAUCAAAUUAUACAUCAAAUUCAACAAUUAUAAAUGGACAAAAUGAAACAAUUUCAUCUGGACGUGUUGGUGGUGGUGGUGUUAGUGCUGGUGGUAAUGUUGUAUGCAAAGCUCCAUGCUGUAAUCAUGAUAUUAAUAAUAUUAUUCCCUAUCAACAUUGGGGAGAUAAAUAUAGUCAAUAUAAUCACCAAGCAAAUGCUAUAUCAUUUCGUGAACCACCAUUAUUAAAAACAUCAAGUCAACAUUCAAAUGAAAGUCGUCGUUAUAUUACAAGUGCUACAGAUUUUAGAAAAGAAUGUCUUGAAAAAGAUUUAGUACAACCAUUACCAUUAUCAUUAUCAUUACCACUACCACUACCAAUGCCAUUACCAAUGCCAUUACCAUUGCCACCAUCUCAUUUACAUCCACAUAUUCAUCCUCUUAUUCCUCUGCCAUCUUCAUCGUCAUCUACAUCAUCAUCUCCAUCUUCUUCAUCACCAUUAUCAACAUCAAUAUCAUCAAAUUUAACACCAGCAACAACGAUAACAUCAUCAGCAUCUUCUUCUUCUUCCUCUGCUUCAGCUGAUCUUUAUCGUCGUCAACUAAAUAGUAAUCAUCAUCACCAACAACAGCAACAACAACAUCAACAUCAAGAUUAUAAUAAAUAUCGUAAAGAUGUUGCAUCAAAAAAUUAUCCAACACAAAGUUUAUUACCAAAUUAUCCAAUGCAAAAUUAUAAUUAUCCAUUAGAUUAUCAAAAAUCUCCGUAUACAGUGAAUAAAGAUUAUUUUAAACGUGCUAAUCCAACAACAAUAACAACGACAACAACAACGACAACAGCAGCAGCAAUAACAACAACAACAAAUUCAACAAAUGGUUCAAUAAUGUUACAUGGUAAUAAUAAUCAAAAUACACAACAACAACAACAACAAAUUAAUAUUGAACAACAAAAAUAUAAUACAAAACAAUUAGGUCAAAGUUCAAAUUCAACGUCUUCAUUAAAUUUACAAAAUUCUUAUUAUAAUUCUCAAUUAUCAGCAAAAAAUACUGGCUGUUUAUCAGCAAGAGACUAUCAAGAAUCACAAUUACCACCAACACAAAUACAAAAUCAGCCUGCAAGACCUCUGCCAGUACAACCAGUAGCAUCAUCAUCAAUUCAUGGAUCGUAUCAAAAAUAUCAUGCAUAUCAACAAAAAAUUGCAAUGCACAGAUAUUCAAUUGAAAAUCAUUUACGAGCCAUGAUGCGAACACCUGGUUAUCAAUCACAUCCAAAAUAUCAUGAGUACGUUAUGCGACAUAGAGAACUUGUUAGAUUACAACAAAAUAUUGAUUAUCAAAAUGUACUUCAAGAAACAACAAAAAUACCAUCAACAAGUCCAAGUACAAUUAAUACAGCUAUUACAGCAAGUACAACUGGUACAACUGGUACAAGUAGUACAAUAACAACUUCUACUUCUACUGCUACUGCUACUACACCAUCAUCAACGACAUCAUUACCUCCAAUUAAUUUACAAUUUGAUCACAAUGGUAUUUUAAUAAAUCCACCUUAUCAACAUCAUCUACAACAACAACACCACCAACAACAACAACAACAGCAACAACAUCAACAACAACACCACCACCAACAACAACAGCAACAACAACAACAACAACAACAACAGCAACAACAACACCAGCAACAACAUCAUCAUCAUCAUCAUCAUCAAAUACCAGGACACAUUUAUUCUGGCAAUAAUAAUAAUAAUAUUUUAUCAAGUGGUAAUUGUAGUAGUAAUAGUGAUUUGUUGGCAUUUAAUAAUCGUGAAACAGAUAGUCAAAUGAAUAUUCAAAAUAAAAAUUCAAUACAUCCAAAUUUUAUAAAACAUCAACAACAAUAUUAUCAAAACCAUCUUCAACAUCAAAUACAACAACAACAACAACAGCAUAAUAAUAAUAAUAAUCAACAAGAACAGACUUUAAAUCUUUCAAGACAUCCUGAUAGUAUUCAUCACAAUAUGAUGCAACGACAAAUCUCACAUAAUUAUCAAAUACCAACUGAUAAUGAAAGAGAUAUAAAUUAUGAUAAUCAUAUUGUUGAUGUCGAUGGUGUUGUUGAUACGUCAUCAGUUAUUACAAAUACUAGUCAAUCAAUUAUGGAUAUUAAUAAUUCACGUGAGUUUGCUAAUAAACCGGAACUUGAUGUUCGUCAAUUUUUGGCCAAUUGGGAUGAAACUGAAGAUGAAGAAGCUGCAGCAGCAGCCGCAGCAAUAGCAGCAGCAGCAGCAGCAAGAACCACAAUUAAUAACUUGGUAACAACUGCAGAAAUAACAACAGCAACAACAACAACGACAAUGACAAAAGCAACAGAAGCAACAGAAGCAUCAUCACCAAAGUCAUUUGAUAAAGUAAUUAAUGGGACCAACGUUAUUCAGUCAUCUGAAAUAUUAAAUAAUCAUUUGAAUUUAAUUGAAAAUUUAUCAGUUGUUGAUAAUCAAUUGAGUGCAUGUAAUAAUGCAGCAUCACAGUCAAUUGUCAUUGAAUUGGAAAAUAAUAACAAUAAUAACAAUAACAAUAAUAAUAGUAUUAAUAAUAAUAUUAAUAAUGAAUUAAAUACCAAAGUAGCAACAAGUGAUAUACAAAGUGAUACAUCAAGUACAAUUCAAGUUAAUAUUCCUAAAAAUUAUAAUAUAACUGGACUUGAAACAAUUGAAGAAUUGGCAUGUAGCGGAACAAUUGUUCAAUGUAUACAAAAUGAUACUGAUAACAUUCCAACAAUUCAUAUAGUUGAUCAUUUACCAGAUGAAUCAGAACUUGCAACAAUACAAACAGUUUAUGGAGCUGUAACGUCAUUAAGCAUUGAACAAAUUCAAACUUCAUCAACAACACCAAUUGAAAUAAUAAAUAAUAAUAAUAAUGAUAAUAAUAAUAAUAAUAAUUUGAUUCAACAAAAUGACAAUUGCUCCAAGACAAUCACAGCAUUAUUCAAUCAAAAUACUAGUCAAACAGUUUCUUUAAAUGAUACAAAUUGUAUAGAAAAAUCAGGCAACAAUAAUGAUAAUAAUAAUAGUAAUAAUAACAACAACAACAACAACAACAGUAAUAAUGUUAAUGUUGAACAUGUUGGUACUUUAUCAAUUGAUGCAGAUAAAAAAUUAUCAAAUAAUAAUAAUAAAGUUCGAGAUAAUGAUGAUCAUAAUAAUGUGAGAAAAGAAUUAAAUCAAUUAAAUAACAAUAGUGGUGGUGGUGGUGGUGGUGGUGGUAACAUCAUACUCAAUAACAACAGCAACAACAGCAGUAGUGAGAGUAGUAGCAGUAGUAGUAAUAGUAGUGGUAGUAGCGGUAAUAGUAAUAGUAGUGUCAGUAAUAAUAGUAACAAUAAUAAUAGAAUUGAUGGUGAUGGUGGUGGUGGUGGUAAUAAUAGCAGUGAAACAAGUAGAAAUAAAAAUUAUCAAAAUUUAAAAAAACAACACAGUUUUACAAAUAAUCCAGAUGAGCUGAGCCUUCCUGAUUUGCCAAUAUCUGAAUGUACACCAAUAUCAACAACUUUAAAUACACCAAUACAUUCAGAUAAUGAAGAAUCAUCUGGUAAUAAUAACAACAAUAAUAUUAUUAAUAAAAAAAAUAAUAAUAAUGUAACUAAUAUUGAAAUAUCAACAAAUCCAAUUGAAGCUAUUAAAAAUGCUCCAAUUAUUAGUUUUACUCAUUCACCAAUUAAAAUUGAUAAUUAUGGUAGUAUAAAUCAUGAACAACUUGUAGAAAAACGUCCAGAUGAUUCUCUUGAUUUUGAUUUUAACAGAGAUACAUGUAAAAAUUCAAAUACUUUAAUUGAAAAUUUUCAAAUUGCUCAACAACAACAACAACAACAGUCUAGUUGCAAUAAUAAUAAUAAUAAUAAUAAUAAUAAUAAUAAUAAUAAAGAAUCAUCUUUAUUAAAUAUUAUAAAUAAAAAAAAAAUAAAUACAACUACAACAACAACUACAACAUCAGUAGCAGCUACAUCAUCUACUGCAAUUAUUAGUAGUCCAACUGUUGUUGCAGCAUCAACACUUGACGACAAAUCUCUUGGACAAUCCAGCAAUGAUUUAUUUUUUUCAUCAUCUGAUCCACUUGUUGGUAUGACCACUCCAUCAAAAUCAUCAGAUAAUAAUAACAAUAAUAAUAAUAAAUUAUUAGAUACUACAAACACUGGUGGAAUGAAUGUUGAUGAUACAUAUGAAACAUCUGAUGAACUUGAUAAACUUUGUAAUAUUUCAUUGGAUAGUAAUUGUAUUAUGCAACUUUUACCAGAUGAUUAUCAAGGAACACGACUUUCUGCGUCUUGCUCUUCAUCUUUAUUAUCUUGUAAAUUAACAACACCAACAACAACGUUUAAUAAUAAUGAUAACACAUUAAAUAACAAAACAAAUACUGAUGAGAUUGUUGCAGAAGAAAGAGAAAAAGAAAAAGAAAAAGUUGUAGAUGAGGAUGAAGAUGAUGAUGAUGAUGAUGAUGAUGAUUGGAUUGAAGUAAAGUCAACAGAUGGUAAUGUUAAUGAGUCUAAUAAAAGUGUUAAUCAAUUGACAAAUUCACAAGAUGCCAUGGAUCUAACAAAACGUGUUGAAUGUUGUGAUGAUAAAAAUACUACUGCUGAUGAUAACAAUAAAAGUAAAGAACGAAAAAUCAUUGAAUCUUCAAAUACAGAUAAAAAAAAUAAGAAAAAUUUUCAUUCAAUAUUUGAUACUGCUUCAGAAGAUUCACACAGUACAGAAUUUGAAGAUAAUAAUAAUAAAAAUCGUUUGUUAUUACUUGAAAAAUAUCAAAAAAAUAAAUUAAAUAUAAAUACUGUUGUUAAUGAAAAUAAAAAUAAUAAUAAUCUACCUUUUAUUGAUGAUAAUGAAGAAAAAUCAUCAUCAGUAAUAAACAUAAAUAAAAAUAUUGUCAAUGAUUUGAAAGUUGUUAAUAAUAGUAACAAUAGUCGAACACAUAAAACUACUGAUGUCCAAAUUCAUCUUUCAAAUAUCAAUGGUAAUGAUAAUUUAAAUAAUGAUGAAAUAAAUGAUAACAGAGGUGCUAUUGAAAUAAAAAUAAAUCUUUCACGAAUUGAAGAUAAAAAUCAUCGAAUCAACAAUAAACAAGAAAAAAGCGUUGUUGAUAAUUUUGAAAUUGUUAAAAAACAUUGGUUAUUUCAAUCUGAAAUUGAUUCUUAUUUACCGGAAAAUAUAUUUAAACGUAGAAGAAUAUCAAUGCCAUGUGAUUUAGAAGCUAAAAGACCAAAAAAAUUACAUCACAAUGUAAUAUCUAAAAGAAGAAAAAGUGGCUGUCAUGAUUAUCGUAGUUAUCAUAAAAAAAGUUUUAAAAAUAAACCAAUUAUUGAAAAUUCCAAGGAAAAAGAAUAUAAUAAUAAAAAUCAAGAUGACGAUGAUGAUGAUGAUGAUAGAAAAAAAAAGGAAACAAAUGAUGAUAAAAAAUCAACUGCUGAAAUGAUUCAUCAAGAAAAAACAACAGCUGAUAAUAAUGAUACAACAAUAGAGAAAAAUUUACAAUCAAAUCAAUUGAAUUUAUGUGAAGAAACAAAAUCAUCAUUUUUAAUAAAUUCAAUAGAAUUUGAAACAUCAAAUAAUUAUGAUUUUGAAGAAGUAGCACCAAUUGAAAAUAGUAAUGAUGCAACUGGAUUAUUAUCACAAUCAAAUUACGAUGAUGAUGAUGAAUUGAGUAUGGCAUCAAAACUUGAAAGAGGUUUACGAGUUGGAAGACUUGAAGAUUUUGAAAAAUAUCGUAAUCCUUCUGCUACACAAGAUGGUGAUGAUGAUGAUGAUAAUAAUAAUAACAAUAAUAGUAAUAAUAAAAUAAAUAUAAAUUCAGUACCAAUAUAUACAACUAAAGAUGGUGCAAUAACAUAUUGUCCAAAUCCAAAAUAUACAUAUCGUGUACUUAUUAUGGAAGCUAAAAAACAUCGUCACCAUAAUCAUCGUCAUCGUCGUCAUCACCAUCACCAUCAUCAUCAUCGUCAUCAUCAUCAUCAUGGUGUUAAUUUAUCAUCUUUAUCAUCAAGAGAUUACAACUUUAUUAAACACUCAACAAAAUACUAUAAACAUAAAAAAUUUUAUAAAAGACAUAAUUCAUCAACAUCAAUAUCGUCAUCAUCAACAACGACUUCAUCAUCGUCCACAGCGUCGUCAUCUUCAUCACCGUCGUCAACGUCUUCAUCACCAUUAUUAUUUAAUGAUAAAAAAGACAAUGAACAACAAUUUAAAUCCACUGAAUCAAAUAAUAAAAAACAUUCAAAAUCAAAACGAUCAGCUAAUACUGAUGAGUCUUCUAAACAUCAUCAUCGGCAUAAAUAUUUGUUGAAGAAUAAUAAUAAUAGUAGUAGCAACAAUAAAGGGAAAAAUUCAAAACAUCAUUAUGACACUGUUGAAAAGAGUAAUAUUAAUUCAAAAGAUACAUUGUUUAAAAAUAAAACUGAUAAUCAUCAUAAAAGUAAAAAAAAUCAUGUCGAUGAUGACGAUGAUGAUGGAGCUCAAUUAAAUACAAGUGAGAAAACAAUUGACGAUAGCUCUAAAGCUUUCAAUAAUAAUCAAGAAGACUUGAUGAAAUUUACAUCAGAAAAUAAUGAAAAAUCAAUAAAUAACAAUAAUAAUAAUAAUAAUAAUGAUCUUGGAUUGUUGAAUGAUCGAGAAUCAACAAUUGAUUCAAUAAAUCCUGUUAUAAAUAAUAAUAAUAAUAAUAAUAAUGAUAAUAAUAACUAUAUUAUUAAUGAUAAAAAUAUAAUAACAAUGAAACCACCAUCAGUGAUAUUUGAUACUGAACAAGAGUCACAAGCAUUAACUGACAGUGGUCUUGAAUCCUCGACAACUUAUACUGGUGUUGGUGAGACAAUCAGAGAUUCAAAAAAUUGCAAAAUGUGGACAAAAAAUUGGGAUAAUAAAAAUAUUAAUAAUAAAAAAAUUGAUGUAAUGAUUUUGAAAAAUGAGAAACAAAAAGGUGAUUCGUUAAUUACAGUUGGUGUUGAUAUUCAACCUGAUUCUUGUCAAAUAAACGACAGACCAACAACACCAACAAUAACAACAACAACAACAACAACAGCAUUGCCAAAUGAAGAAAUUAAAUCUUUAAAUAAUAAUGAUAAUGAUAAAGAGCAUUUAUUUUUAUCAAAAGAUAAUAUUGAAAAAGCAAAAACCAUUGAUAGUCAUCCAUUGAAAAGUUUAGAUUUGGCUUUUCCAAAUAAAUGUAAAAAAGCAUCAUCAAAAAAUACCAACAACGAGAAUAAUAUUCAUGGUGAGCCAGUUGCUUUGCCAUUGCUACCUACGUCUUUGUCAUCAUCAUCAUCAUGCUCUUCGUCGUCAUCGUCAUCAUCAUCUUCAUCUUCGUCGUCGUCAUCAUCAGGUGAUGAAUUAUCCAAGCAAGAUGAUUUAAUUUUAUCUCCUACUAUAAACAAGGAAGAUGUUUUUGAAAAUGACAACAAAAGUGCUCCAAAUAUUAUUGAUGAAAUAAAAAAUACAAAUGAUCUAUCGACGGACUUACCAACAGCAACAAUAGCAGCAGCAGCAACAACAACAACAGCAACAACUGGCAGUAUAGAUAAAGCUGUUAAUUUAUUACAUAAUUUUGAAAAACCUAAUGUGUUAGAAAACACUAGCUUUGAGUCUUCAAAACAAAAUACAACAUCUUUAAUUAUGGAAGAGACAAAUGAACGACAACAAAGUUCAAUUGAACCUGAAGUAUCUCAAUGUCAUAAUGACAUUAGUUUGACACAUGAUGAAAAAGAAUAUAAUAGUCAAUUAAAAAAUGAUGAUACAAUGACGACACGUUGUGAUGAUGAUGAUAAUAAUAAUAAUAAUACAAGAGUAGUCAAUUUUUUAUCAUCAUCAUCAUCUAGUCAAGAAGCAAUUGAUGGAAUUGAUAUACAGCAAGUUACAAAUAAUAAUAAUAACAAUAAUAAUACACUAUCAAGUACAUGUGGACAUGGUUAUUAUCAUCAUCAGGAUCAAUCAACAUCCCAAGUUACAACAAAUAUAAAAUAUCAACAAAAGCAAGAUGUUAUUUUGCCAUUUUCAGGACGAAUAUCAAGUGAAAGUGAAGAUGAUUCAAAUGCUCAAGAUGGCUCACCAAUUGGAGAUAAUCAUAAUGAUGUUAUUGAUGAUGAAAGAAACAUUAACAACAACAAUAACAACAAAAAUUCUAGUAAUAAUAAUAAUAAUAGCAACAAAAAUAAUAAAAAUACAGAAAAAGUUUUAAAUUUUUCUGGUAGAAUUUCAAGUCCUGAAAAGCAUAUUGUUGAUAAUGGACCAUGUGAUUAUAUACCACUUGAUAAACAAUCGAUGAAUGAUAUUUAUAAUUUAAAUGAUAACAGAGAAAUAAUUAAAUUAAAAGAGAAAAAAAAUAACUUGUCUUUUUUUGGAUGUAUUAAAAAUGAUUGUGCUCCGACGAGUAUCAUUGAUAAAAGCCAAACUAUACCAAAAUUUAUAAUUAAAAAAUCUGAUUGUUGUUCUUCAUUGUCAUCAACAUUUAAGAGUCAAACGAGCAACGAUAGUAAAUUGUCCUCGUCAUUUAUACCAAAAAUACCAAAAAUGAUAAUUCGUAAUGUUAGAUCACGAUCAAGUACUCCAUCAAUUGAAGAAAAUGCUGUUGAAUUAUCAUUACCAAAAACAAAAACAAAAAUUAUUAUUAAUGAUGAUUAUAAUAAUAGUAAUCGUGAUGAUGUUUUUAGUGAUAGUCCUACAACAACAACAACUACUGUUGCUCCUAUUUUUAUUGAUGCUGCUAGGGGUGAUAAGGAGUUUAGAGUUGAUGAAAAAAGACAAUCAUUUAGCAAUAAUAAUGAUGCUGAUGAUGAUGGUAAUGCAAUUAAAAAGUCAAUUGGUAUUAUUGAAUGUAAAAUACCAAAAAUAAAAAUAAAAUUUGAAGAUAAAAAUUCAAAAAUGAUACUUGAAAAUCCAAGUGUAAUGGAAUUAUCAAAAAAAAAUAAUAAUGAUGAUGAUGAUGAUGAUGAUUCAAAGUCAUUUAAAAAUGUUCCUAAAUUUAAAAUUCGUAAAAUAAAAAAUUUAUUGCCAUUAAAAGAUGAAAAAUUGGAAAAUAUUGAUAAUAAUAAUGCUUUAAUAUUACCAAAUAUUCAACAACAUCAACAUCAACAAAAAGAAGAAGAAGAUGAAGAAAAAAAACAACAAGAUAUGAAAAUACGAAAAUCAAAAUUUAAAAAAAUUGAAACUCUUGUGUCUGAAUGUUUAAGUGGAACUUCAACAUUGCCUUUAUCAGAAUUAAAGAAAAAACGUCCAAAAAGUCCGAUAGUUAAUGAAAGUUUCAAUAAAAAGUCUAAAAAAAAAAGAGAUGCAUAUUAUUUUGAUGAUGAAGAUAUUAAAAUGACAACGAUAAUUGAUGAGAGUAAUACAAAUUCAACAAUGUCGGAAAAAAUACCAAAGGUUAUAAUAAAACGUACAUCACCAAGUGCCGAAUUUAAAUGUGAAUUAAGCAAAGAUGGAGGUGAUUCAAUAACGAAAAAUUUUAAAUGGCAACCAGAAGUUAAAUUGGAAAGAUUUCAAGUGCUAGAUACAAUUGCAAAAGAAUCUGGUAGAAUUAAAUUGCCAUUAAAAUUAUUAAAACAAGUUGAGAAAAAAUGUCAAUCAACAAGUGGCAUAAGAAAAUGGCGAACAACAUCAGAUCCAGUUGAUAAACAAGAUUUAUUUUCUAACAAUAAUAAUGAUAAUAAUGAUAAUCAUACAACACCAUCAUCAUCAUCAUCAACAUCAUUAUUAUUUAAUAUGAAAUUUAAAAAAAGACGUAAUUCAGAGCCUGAAAAUAUGAAUAUACAAAAAAUAAAAAAUAUUGAUAGACAAAAUGAUGAUUCAGAUGAUGAUUAUUUUUUAAAUUUAUCAAGAAAAAAUUUACAAAUGCAACGUGAUGCAAAUUUGAUAAUAAAAAAAGAAAAAGAAGAAAAAGAAUAUAAAAAAAAAACUACUUGUUUAUCUAUUGUUAAUGAUGAUCAUGAUGUAAAUAAAAAUAAAAAUAAUCAAUCAUUGAUUAUUGAAAAUACAUGUAAUGAUAAUGCAAUUGAUCCAAAAAGUCUUGAAGAAGUUGUUAAUUCAGUUAUAAAACUUGAAUCUUCUGAUGAAAGCCAAACGACUAUUGAAAUAUUACCAGCAUCACCAGUUAAUAUAUCAUCAGAAGUACCAGUUGUACCAGUUGUACCAAUAACACCAAUAACACCAAUAAUACCAACAUCAUCACCAUCAUCAUCAAUAAAAGAUCAACAAAACAUUUUAUUUAAUGGUAAUUUAGGACAAAUUUAUACUGAAAAUGCAAUACCAACACAAUUUGAACUUGAACUUGAAGUUGUUGAUAAUAGUGACUUGAAUUUAUUGGAAAAAUCAAUACCACUAUCUCAUCAUGAUGAUAAUAACAAUAAUAAUAUUAAUGAAAUAAAAUAUAUAUCAUCAUCAUCUGAUUUAUUGGCAAAAGAGGUAUUAGCUGCUAAAGAAACAUUAAAAAAAUGUCUAUCAAAGACAAAAAGUACAAAUAAUAAUAAUGAUAAUAAUAAACAACUUGUUAUUAGUGGUGGUGGUGGUGGUAGUGGUAGUAGCAGUAGUAGUAAAAGUAAAAGUAAACAUAAAAGUAAAAGUAAAAGUCACAGUAGUAGAACUAGUAGUAGCAGCAGCAGCAAAACAAAAACAUCUGCUGAAAAAAAACAAGAUCCAGUUGUAUUUAAUAAAUCAACUGAUUGUAAAAAAAUAGCUGAAAAUAAUAAAUCUCAUGUUGUCUUCCAAGAUAAUAGUGGUGCACGUACAAAUGUUUAUAAUAAAAAUAUGAAAAAACAUAAUAAUAAUAAUAAUACAGUUGCUGAUGGUUCUUCUUUAAAUGUAUUGAAGAAUAAUUUAUUGUCAUCAGUAACAGCAGCAUCAUUAUCUACUUGUUCUUCUUCAUCGUCUUCAUUUUCUUUAUCGUCAUUAUCAUCAACAACGUCAACUUCAACCUCAACCUCAACCUCAACAUCAUCAUUACCAAAAAUAAAAAAUAAAAAACGAUUAAAUGAAUCUAAAAAUCAUCAAAAAAAUACUCUAGAUUUUGAAGUAAAAAAUAAAAAAUAUAAACAUGAUAAUAAUGAUAAAUUAUUGAGGCCAAUUAAUAAUGAUGAUGAGGAUGAUGAUGAUGAUAAUAGUAGAACAAAUAAAUCAAAUGAAUUUAUGCCAAUAUUGGAACCUGAGGGUGUUGCUGAUGUUGAAAUGAGAGAAUCUUCAAGAUCUCCACCUGUUAUAACAAAACAAGAUAGUAGAGAAACUACUGAUAAUAAUUCUUUAAGUUUAAAAGACAUUGAUGAUAAAAUUAUUGAAUCAAUGACAUUUGCUGAUGUUGUUGCAAAAUUGGCAUAUCAUGAAAAGGCAACCAUUAAACAUCGACGAUAUUGUAUUCUUUGUGAAAGAUGGUUUCCAACAGCAGCAAGACAUCGAAGACAUUUAACUGGUUAUCAACACAGACAUACUGAACUAACUCAACGUAGAACAGUUCAUGCACUUUUCAUGUUAUUUACUGGUAAACCUUGUCCACGUUUAUUACCAGCAAAUAUAACAAGAACUGAUUGUGUACCUGGUGAACCAACUCCACUACAAAUUGCUGUUCAAGAUGUUGCAACGAGUCUUGAAAGUGGAAAAAAAUAACAAGACUAAACUCAAUAAUAAUGCUAAAUAUUAUCAAAUAUAAAUGGAAAAAAAAAGUGAGUAAUAAUAAUAAUAAUAGUAAUUAGCCAAAGAUAUUACAAAAAGAAGAAAAUAUACUUACAUGAUGUAUACAAUUUAUAAAAUGGGAAUACAGGUUUUAUUUUAAAUGUAUGUAAAUAUUAUUAAAUUUAUCUCAAUCAUAAUAAUUUAAAUUAUUUAAUGCUGUGGUUUCUAUGGAGACUCACAAUUUAAAUACUAUUAUUAUUAUUAUUAUUGUUAUUAAAACAAGAUUAAUAUUUCAUGUUCGAUACACAUAUUAUUGUUAUUAUAUUAUUAAAAAAGUUACAACUAAAGAGUGCCUUGAUAUAAUAGUUAAACAGUAUUUUUACAAUCACUAGCAUUCUUAAAAGAAAACAAUUUUAAUGAAACAAAAAACCCGUCCUAAGCAGUAUAUAAUAUUAUUAACUGCAAGAAAUAAUGAAUCUCUUUUCAAGAGAAUGAGAAAAAUAAAAUGAUGUAUACAUUAUGUCAAUAUGAAAAUAAUAAUUAAUAUUUUAAUGAUAAAAAGGGGAGUAAAAUUUGUGAAAAAUUAUUAUUUUAAAAACGAAAAAAAAAGACAUUGGUAUAGUCUGGAUAAAUUAAUCAUGCUGUAAAUAAUAUUAAGGUGUAAUUUUAAAUUAAUUUUAUGACAUAUUUUAUUUAAUAUAUAAGUAUAAAUAUUUUUUUUUUUUUUAAAUAAAUAAACACCAUGUGUUGUGAUGUGCAUUUCAAAGAUACUUAGGUUUGCCAAAGCAAGUAUACUAAUUCACAAAAGGCUAUACUAAUUGUAUACUUAGAUUUUAAAUUUUAAAUUUUAAACAUACACAAAGAACCAUAUUAUAAAACGACAUGAAAAAAAAGACAUAAAAUAUAAUAAUAAUAAAUAGGAAUUGUGAUUGAUAUUCAAAUGUGCCGUAUGCUCUAAUUGAUACAAAGAAAAUAAAAAAUAAUUGUAAUAAUAUUAUAAAUAAAUUAUAUAAAAUAGAGAUGCGGUCAAGAAAAAAAAAUAGAAAAAAAAAUAUAUA